UUUUAAACCGAAAGUAAAAAUUCUUUGCGACUUUCGUUUUAACUCACUGAGAAAUUGACAAGUUGUAAUGAAAUUGAAUUAGGUUGCAUUGACAUCCGUCGUUAUUGUUUUUAGAUGGAUUUAAUCUGAAAAUCACACUUUCUAUCUUUUCAUGUGCAUGCUGUUCUUAGAGAUUGUGGGGGUUUGAACACUUUGUUAUGGGAAUGGCGAGAACGGGAACGUUGGAUUUUAUUAAAACUUGUGUCGCAGCAGUUUUCAUUCUGUUCUUAAUAUUCAGAUCGGCAAAUGGCAAAAAGUCUAGUGACUGUUACACAAAACACGGAAGGGAUAUUUAUUCUGCUGAGGAGAAGUGUACGCCAUCUUCACACACAAAACUCAGUCGUGAACAUAAAAACCUUAGACUCGUAGAAAUGGAAUACAAGCUGAGCAAGUUGCAAAGAGACUUGGAAAGCACGAUAAAAGAUUGUAAUUUUGGAAGGGAGAGCAAUAUACAGCAAUUCGAACAAAAAUUGUUCGCCUUAGAAAGGACAUUGAACGAAGAAAGGCAAAAGAUAAAAGAAAUUCGAAACAAUAUUGAGCAGCUGGAAGGGACGGCAAAGAGUUACAAAGACAAGGACCAUAGAACCAGAGAAAUGUGUGAUAAAUUAAAACUUAAUUUAUCUUCCCUUCAUUCCAAGACACAGGAAUUGGAGAAAAAAUUUAUGGAGAAAUUAGAUCAGAGUUCGCAAGCAAACGAUAGAUUGACAGAGAGUUUAAAUACUCUACAAAAAAUUAACACCGACAAUCAAAAGAAAAUUGAUCAUCAAAGAGAACUGAUAGAAAGUUUAAAAAGGGAUAAUUCGAAGCUGUCGGAAGAUGUAGAUCACCUGUCGACUAAUUUAUCAGAGGUUACGAAGAAUACGGAGUAUUUAAAAAGAAAAACAGCAGACCUGGACAGAAAGGUCGCCUUGACUGACCUCAACAUACAGGAUAUUGUCGCAUGUGCAGGAUUUGUUUUUAUUAUCGGGGCGUUGUUCAUAGUAGGCGUAUAUGCGUACAGAAAAAGGACAUAUCAAGUAAAAGAGACAACAACGUCAGUUCCACAAAGCAAUGCCGUCCCGCCAGAGCCUUCAUUAAGACAAAGCAAGGCUGGAUUGCACACUCCGAGAAGGUUUCCGGUCUCUCGGGUACUAGAUAAUACAGUGGGCAUUGUUAGCUUCGGCGAGUCCGGAAGUGACCUCCAUAGAGAAAUUAUUGACUCUGUUACAUCGAAAGCCAAGAUUUCAGUAAAAUUUAGACAUACCAAAGUGAGACGAGAAGACGAAAUCUCGACGAUUCCUCCUUCAAAGAUAGUUUUUGUUUUUGUGGACGCCAAUAGCCGCCAUAUUAUCCUCGAGAACCCGGAUCAGGAGAUCGGCGAUUUCCGGAGGCAGAGCACCGAGGCAAUCCUCGGAAUGGGAUGUGACGUAUUUGUGUUAUACGUCAGAGAUGAGGAAGUUCCGGGAGAAUCUCUUUACCACAGCAGACUGACUUCCAUAGAACGUCAUCAACUUCUGUCGUCACUGAGGUCAAAGAACCGUGUCCUUAGUCUGAAUCUCUCUCUUUCUGAUUAUCAGAGAAGGUUUCUCGCCACAGAGCUUCAGAAGGCCUUUAAUUAGGAUAAUAUAAUCAUCACUGAUAAUAUAUUUUUAUAAAAUUUUGUUUGUACUAAUACCGGUGAUGAGUAUCAAAACUGGUAUUUUUUACAAUUAACAUGCUGUGCGUCCUGUAUUUUUAAAAAUAUUAUAAACAUGUAUAGCUGACGAUCUCAGUACUACUAGUAUUUUGUGAUAAAAAAAAAUUGAGUUUAACUACAUCUUCGUUUUCGAAAUAAAAAAAAAAGAUUGGACAUUGUCGUAAAUAUAAAGCCUACCAAAUGCAAAAGUCACAUCAGAUAAGAAUACAUGCACAAGUGUCGGUUUUAUUAAGCUAUCAGUAUUUUUUAUACUCACGAAUACAUCCGUCUUUUGAUAGGAUCCAUUAGGGUAUACGGCUUUUCCUUUUUGAG